AUGGAAAACUCAAACUUAGAAGAGGGAAAUAUAAGAGUUGAAGUUCCAUCAGAGGAAACUAACAUGGAUGAAACUGGACAGAUUGUUCCCUAUAUAGAUGUUGAAAAUUUGCAGCACCCAACAUCAUCGGAAGAUUGUGUAUCGAAUGAUCAAGUUGGUGAGAAAGAUUGUGAAAUGAAUCAAAUUGAAAACUACAAAAAUUACAUUCAAGCAUCAGCACUUGCAGCUUCAUCAACUGUAGCCAAAAUAAGCUCUGGGUGGAUUGGAUGUUUGUUUCUGCAGUUCUCUGGUAAGUCUAACAAUCACGUCCAUUCCAGUAACGAUCAUUCUAGGUACAACUUCUCUGGUAAGUCUAACAAGUGCUAAGGCCUUGAAUAUGUGUGUUCCUCGCCUCGGAGUAUCAGCAUAUCCACAGGAAAAGAGAAUACAUCUGCUGCUACAGGGAAAAGCAAAGUUGAUGGUACUUAAUCUCUUAAUAAUUUCAGAAAAAACUUAAAUCCACUGCCAGUGGACACUCUUUUUUACACUAGUAGUGGACCCCACCG